AUGUCCGAUGUAGUCAGGACAGAAUAUGACAAUAUGUCCGAUGUAGUCAGGACAGAAUAUGACAAUAUGUCCGAUGUAGUCAGGACAGAAUAUGACAAUAUGUCCGAUGUAGUCAGGACAGAAUAUGACAAUAUGUCCGAUGUAGUCAGGACAGAAUAUGACAAUAUGUCCGAUGUAGUCAGGACAGAAUAUGACAAUAUGUCCGAUGAAUGCCUCAAACCUUCUAAGAAUGGAUUAAGCCCUUCCAAAAAUGGUUCAAAUUCUUCUAUGAAUGGCUCAAAGUUUUCCAAGCAUGGUUCAAAGUCUUCCAAGAAGGGAUCAAAGACUUAUAAAGAACACAACAUCGUCAACAUAACUUCAAAUCUCAUCUCGAAGCAACGGGAGAGUUUGUUGCAAAACAGAAGCAACAGAAGCCGUCCCUACCAACAGAAGCCCUCCCCACCAUCAGAAGCCCUCCCCACCAACAGAAGCCCUCCCCACCAACAGAAGCCCUCCCCACCAACAGAAGCCCUCCCCACCAACAGAAGCCCUCCCCACCAACAGAAGCAACAGAAGCCCUCCCCACCAACAGAAGCCCUCCCCACCAACAGAAGCCCUCCCCACCAACAGAAGCCCUCCCCACCAACAGAAGCCCUCCCCACCAACAGAAGCCCUCCCCACCAACAGAAGCCCUCCCCACCAACAGAAGCCCUCCCCACCAACAGAAGCCCUCCCCACCAACAGAAGCAACAGAAGCCCUCCCCACCAACAGAAGCCCUCCCCACCAACAGAGGCCUUCCCCACCAACAGAAGCAACAGAAGCCCUCCCCAAGAAGAGAGGAAACAGAAGCCCUCCCACCAACAGAAGGAACAGAAGCCCUCCGCACCAACAGAAGCAACAGAAGUCCUCCACACCAACAGAAGCAACAGAAGCCCUCCACACCAACAGAAGCAACAGAAGCCCUCCCCACCAACAGAGGCAACAGAAGCCCACCAACAGAAGCAACAGAAGUCCACCAACAGAAGCCCACCAACAGAAGCCCACCAACAGAAGCAACAGAAGCCCACCAACAGCAGCAACCGAAGCCCACCAAUAGAAGCAACAGAAACACACCAACAGAAGCAACAGAAGCCCACCAACAGCAGCAACAUAAGCCCACCAAAAGAAGCAACAGAAGCACACCAACAGAAGCAACAGAAGCAACAGAAGCCCACCAACAGCGACCAUAA